AUGAAUCCUGUGCAGUCUUGUCUUCAGCAACUUGCAAUGCUACCUUUUCCGGUUCGAAUCCCACUCGAGUGGUGGCGACUUGUGCCGAAUUGUGCUGGUCAGACUUUUGUUGUCGCGUGUUCUCCCAGCCUCGCCACGCCGAUUGGGUCAAUGACCAGACGCAGUCGUCGUCAGCAUCGUCAGCAUCGUCAGAAGCGUAGAGACAUUGGCGAGGCCUGA